GGCCCGUAUUAAUAAACCAAUCUCAAGUUCCGAGUGUCAACUCAAGAUUGAUCUCAAGUAUCUGUUCUUAUUAAUAAAUUGGACUUGACUCACUAAUGUCACACUCGCUCUCAGCUGAGAGUUGUCAAAAACGUUCAUAUUAAUAAACCAAACUCGGCACUCAAGACGAAGCUCAAGUGCGUAUUUUGAGCUGUCAAAGUCAAGUGCGGCUCGAGCACGACUUGAGUAGCAGUUUCAACGCAAAAAACAGUGUGUCGAGCAUGUCGAUAAACGAAGUUAUUGCUGAUAUCCAAUAUUACGACGAUAUAUUUUGGCCUACGCGGAAUCGUUUGCCUAAGCGGUAUAUCAGAGAUACGAGUAAUCCAUUCGAAGACCGUGAUUUUAAGAAAAAAUACAGGUUUCAACAAGAAUCUGUGUUCUUUAUUGUGUCUCUCAUACAAAACUAUCUACAAAAACCAGAUAAUAGAGGCCUACCGAUUGCUCCCGAAAUAGCUGUCCUGCUAACUUUAAGAUUUUACGCCACUUCCUCAUUUCAGACUGUAUGCGGCGAUUUAUUAUUAAUAUCGCAAUCAACCGCGUCAAAUAUAAUAACCAAAGUAUCAAAACUCCUGGCCAAACUCAUCCGGCAAUAUGUCAAGUUUCCGCAAGGAGCUGAAGCUAUGGCAAACAGGGAACUAUUCCAAGAAAUGGGGAGACAUGGGCGCUGGCCUGGUCUACCAGGAAUAGAUGGCGCUAUCGAUUGCACCCAUAUAAAGAUAGUGUCCACUCCAAAAUGCCAACAUCAUGAGGUGUAUCGUAAUAGAAAAUCUUACUUUUCUAUUAAUGUUCAGGCAGUAGUUGGCCCAAGAAUGGAAUUUUUGGACAUUGUAGCUAGAUGGGCUGGCAGCAUGCAUGAUUCAAGGAUUUUCCAAAUGUCUUCAGUGUACACAAAAUACAGGCAAAACUUAUUGAAUGGCAGACUAGUGGGUGACAAUGGCUAUCCCUCAUUAACAUUUAUGUUAACCCCUGUAAGACCAGCUCCUGAAGAUGCGCCAACAGUACGCUACAAUAGAGCACAAAUUAAAACUCGUAAUAUUGUAGAAAGAACAUUUGGGAUCUGGAAAAGACGAUUCCCAUGUCUACAAAGAGGCAUGGGAAACAAGCUGACUACAGUGAGCAAUAUAAUAGUGGCUUGUGCAGUGCUCCACAACCUCUCUAUUCACUUGAACGAUGAUAUAGAAGAGACCGAGUCUACACCUACACUAGAGGAAGGAAAUGCAGACCCCAUUAAUGAAUUACAGAAUACAGAAUCUGGUUUCGUUCUCAGGAAUUCUAUUAUUGCAAAUUAUUUUACAUAAUUUUUUAGAGAAAAUAUUAUAAUAUUAGUAAUUAUUAUAAUAGUAGACUUAUAAAUAAAAGAUAUUUAUUGAGAAAUGUAUACUUUAAUUCUUAUUUACAUACUUAACAUAAAUAGCCUAUAUACGUCCCACUGCUGGGCACAGGCCUCCUCCCAACAACUUCAAAUCAAAUCAAUUUAUUUGCGAGAACACAGAAUACAAAAAAGGUGGCAAAAUAAUUCAAAUAACAAUGCUGUGAUGUGUUCGGCCUGCAUGCAGGCGUACAAAUAUACAUAAAAUAAUAAGAAAAAAUGAUACAUUGAAAAGAAAA